CCCCCACUGGGCAUCUCUUUCUAGGUCGACCAGCUUCAGGCUCUCUGCACCACCCUCUGGAAAUGCAGCGGCUGCUAACUCCAGUGAAGCAUGCCCUGCAGGCCAGGCGAGUGGUGCAGGAAGCCUCACACCUGCCCGCACGCCUCCUCCUGGCAGCCCACCACAGGUUUUCUACAGUCCCUGCUGUUCCCUUGGCCAAAACAGAUACUUGGCCAAAGGAUGUGGGUAUCGUUGCUCUGGAGGUCUAUUUCCCAGCCCAAUAUGUGGACCAAACUGAGCUGGAGAAGUAUAACAAUGUGGAAGCAGGGAAGUACACAGUAGGCCUGGGUCAGACCCACAUGGGUUUCUGCUCCGUCCAGGAGGACAUCAAUUCUCUGUGCCUGACGGUGGUGCAACAGCUGAUGGAGCGCCUCCAGCUCCCAUGGGACUCUGUGGGCCGGCUGGAAGUAGGCACUGAGACCAUCAUUGACAAGUCCAAGGCUGUCAAAACAGUGCUCAUGGAGCUCUUCCAGGAUUCUGGCAACACCGACAUUGAGGGCAUAGACACCACCAAUGCUUGUUAUGGGGGCACUGCCUCUCUCUUCAAUGCUGCCAACUGGAUGGAGUCCAGCUCCUGGGAUGGUCGAUACGCCUUGGUGGUCUGUGGAGACAUCGCUGUUUACCCUGAUGGCAAUGCCCGCCCCACUGGAGGUGCCGGAGCUGUGGCCAUGCUGAUUGGGCCCCAGGCCCCUCUGGCACUGGAGCAAGGCCUUAGAGGAACCCAUAUGGAGAAUGUGUAUGACUUCUACAAACCAGACUUGUCUUCAGAGUACCCCCUGGUGGAUGGAAAGCUGUCCAUCCAGUGCUACUCCCGUGCCUUGGACCGAUGUUACACAGUAUAUCGUGAAAAGAUCCAGAAGCAGUGGAAGCAAGCUGGCAUCAACCGGCCUUUCACCCUGGAUGAUUUGCAGUUUAUGAUCUUUCACACCCCCUUCUGCAAGAUGGUACAGAAGUCCCUGGCUCGCCUGAUGUUCAAUGACUUCCUGUCAGCCAGCAGUGACACACAGAGCAAAGUCUACAAGGGGCUGGAGGCCUUCAAGGGGCUGAAGCUGGAAGACACCUACACCAACAAGGAUGUGGACAAAGCAUUUCUAAAGGCCUCUCUGGACACAUUCAACAAGAAAACUAAGGCAUCCCUGUACCUCUCCACACACAAUGGGAAUAUGUACACCUCCUCCCUGUAUGGCUGCCUGGCCUCGCUGCUAGCUCAUCACUCUGUCCAGGAACUAGCUGGCUCCAGGAUUGGUGCUUUCUCCUAUGGCUCUGGCUUGGCAGCAAGUUUUUUUUCAUUCCGAGCAUCUGAGGAUGCUUCCCCAGGCUCCCCCCUGGAGAAGCUGGUCUCUAGCGUAUCAGAUCUGCCAAAACGUCUAGCCUCCCGGAAGCGUGUGUCUCCUGAGGAGUUCUCAGAAAUUAUGAGUCAAAGAGAACACUUUUACCACAAAAUGAAUUUUUCCCCACCUGGUGACACAAACAGCCUGUUCCCAGGCACCUGGUACCUGGAGCGAGUAGAUGAGCUCCGUCGCAGGAAGUAUGCCCGGCGCCCCGUCUAAAAAUGAUCCAUGGAUGGCUCCUGGGAAAAGCAGAGCUCCUGUUCACCAACUGUUUGUUUAAACACCCCACCCUCAGCUGGUAAACAGAUCCAACUGGACACAGUCACCCAAACAAGUCACCUGUGGAGCAAGUGCUCACCUUCAUGGGUUCUUCUUGCCUUCCCCUGCCACGGUCACUGCCAAAGGCCUAUGGUUCUGGGUAUCAGGAGACUUUGGUGAAAGAGGGAAAUGGAGACAAAGCCUCACCUUGAGCCAGAGUCCAGAAACCUGGCCAAUCCAGAUCUCUUCCAAGAGACCAGACAACCUGCCUGUCAUGUGUUACCACCUCACUUUUAUAUUUCUGUGCUCUUGUGGCUUUGUUCAUUUCUUACAGUUUGCUGUGCAUUGCUAAAUUUUGUAUUUGCUAAGCUGCCAUAAUUAAAAA